GUAUUGCAAAACGUGGCUAAAGUGAAGAACUUUGGUCUGUUAGAAUCACAAAAGACCUGUGAUUUCUCUGGUUCUGUUACUGUUCUUUCUCGGAAUGAGAGGAAUUUUUCUGAUUAGAUCAAGGCUAUCAAUCUUUAGGGCUCCUGCAGUUAAGUGUUUAAGAUUUAGUAAUGUUUUGCCUAGUUUGAGCAAUAAUUGUAUUGUUCGACUGUAUAUGGAACCUCCCGUAGCUUGUGUGCUUCCUUUAGGUCUGUGUUCUAUGUUCUCUACUUCCAUAGCUGAUUCAGAGCAAGUGGGAUUUACUCGGAGUAACAUUGAGAAAGAUGAUGAGAGUGACAUUGAUCUUGGUUGUAGUAUAAGUGAUGAGCUUGUUUCAGAGGAUGUUGGAAAGAUUUCGAAGCUGGUGAAAGAUUGUGGGAGUGACCGGAAGGAACUGAGGAACAAGCUUGAGGAAUGUGAUGUGAAGCCAUCAAAUGAAUUGGUGGUGGAGAUUCUUUCUCGAGUUCGUAAUGAUUGGGAAACUGCUUUCACUUUCUUUGUUUGGGCAGGGAAGCAGCAAGGUUAUGUUCGUUCUGUUCGUGAGUAUCACUCUAUGAUCUCGAUUCUUGGUAAAAUGAGGAAGUUUGAUACAGCUUGGACUUUGAUUGAUGAGAUGAGAAAGUUUAGCCCUUCUCUUGUGAACUCACAGACACUUUUGAUCAUGAUUAGGAAGUAUUGUGCGGUACAUGAUGUUGGGAAAGCCAUAAACACGUUCCAUGCCUACAAAAGAUUCAAACUUGAAAUGGGGAUUGAUGAUUUUCAGAGUUUGCUCUCGGCUCUUUGUAGGUAUAAGAAUGUUUCAGAUGCUGGGCAUUUGAUCUUCUGUAACAAGGAUAAGUAUCCGUUUGACGCCAAAAGUUUCAACAUUGUUCUCAAUGGAUGGUGUAACGUGAUUGGUAGCCCACGGGAGGCUGAAAGGGUCUGGAUGGAGAUGGGAAAUGUUGGAGUCAAACAUGAUGUUGUGUCUUAUUCAAGCAUGAUAUCUUGCUAUUCGAAAGGUGGUAGCUUGAAUAAGGUUCUCAAACUUUUUGAUAGGAUGAAGAAAGAGUGUAUAGAGCCUGAUAGAAAAGUGUACAACGCGGUGGUUCACGCUCUUGCCAAAGCUAGCUUUGUCUCCGAGGCGAGAAAUUUAAUGAAGACAAUGGAGGAGGAGAAAGGGAUUGAGCCCAAUGUUGUUACUUACAACUCUCUCAUCAAACCUCUAUGCAAGGCUAGAAAAACCGAAGAGGCUAAACAGGUUUUCGAUGAGAUGCUGGAGAAAGGACUCUUCCCAACAAUCCGUACAUAUCAUGCGUUUAUGCGGAUUCUAAGAACAGGAGAGGAGGUUUUUGAGCUAUUAGCUAAAAUGAGAAAGAUGGGCUGUGAACCAACUGUGGAGACAUACAUAAUGCUGAUCCGUAAGUUAUGUAGGUGGCGCGAUUUCGAUAAUGUGUUAUUGUUGUGGGAUGAGAUGAAGGAAAAGACCGUUGGUCCAGACCUUAGCUCAUACAUUGUGAUGAUACAUGGUCUGUUCUUGAAUGGUAAGAUAGAAGAAGCGUAUGGGUACUAUAAAGAGAUGAAGGACAAGGGUAUGAGACCAAAUGAAAAUGUUGAAGAUAUGAUUCAAAGCUGGUUUUCAGGAAAACAGUAUGCAGAGCAGCGGAUAACAGAUUCGAAAGGGGAGGUCAAUAAAGGAGCUAUUGUAAAAAAAUCUGAAAGAGAAAAGAACUUUCUCCAGCAGCCUGAGGUGAGAAAGGUUGUUAGAGAGCAUGGAUAUUCGUUUUGGGAUGAAUAGAAAGCUAGAGGUCAAGAAGAAUCAUAGGUAGGAGAACCAUCUUAAAGAGCUGCUUUUACCAGAUUAGCUAGUUCUGGUUAGGUUUUGAUCAUAACAGGCUAAUUUUGCUUUACGAAGAGAAGAGAUAUAGUUAAAUUGUUCCUGACGAACAUUCGAAAGAGAAGAG